AUGACGGCUGCGCGUCUGUCGCCAGCAGCGAAUCUGCUCCGCACCUCCAGGCUCUUUUCGAUUCCUGCUGCAGUAUCGCUACCGGCAGUAGAACCUUCAUCAGAACCCAUCUCCUACUCCGACUCAGCCACAACUCCCUAUCCAACAAGAGCAGCUAUCGAAACGCCUCUUGCAUCUCUGAACCAGGGAGAUUGGGGCCUGAAACGACCACUACCUAUCAAGACCACAACGAGAUCCGGGACACCCCUGAUCCGUUUCCGAAGAGGCAUUGACACGCCUGAACAUGUUGUCGAUUUCGAGUCUGCGGCCGAUCACGUCCUAACACUGCGAAAGUAUCAAGAGCUCAACCUCAGAGUGACCUUGCCGGCGCCGAGGAGGAAAUCAGUGCAGGAUCAGCAGAUUAGCCCCUUCGAGGUGGACCUUGACCAUACUGCCGACCAGCCCCCUCCGAGAUUGAAUCGCAAAGCUCCCAUAUCAUGGUUGGACCAGAGUCCGUCAGAGCGGGCUCAGCGCAUGCCCGGGCAUCUCAGGGAUGCGUUGUUGGAGGUUGAGAAGGGUAGGGGUGAGUUGGAAAAGCAGUCGAUUCCGCCACAGCCAACAGACUCUGCGCCCGCACCGCCUGUGGAGACUCUGCGAAGAUGGCGUUACUCUGGUCCAUAUCUGGCUGGGCUGAAUGGAUUGGAGUUUGAUGCCUUCCUGAAGACUAUCACAAGGGAGAAGAGAGCCGCUUUCAGAGAACUAGUGAAGAAUGACCUUGUUGAGAAACGUGCCCACGAACAGCGCUUGAAAGCACUUGAUGAAGGACAACCAGAUGUGUCCUCCCAGUCGCCCGUUGAAAUCACAGAAGAAGAUAUCACAGAGCACAUGCGCUACUUGCGAAAUGAGCCGGGCAAGUUUGGUCCCUUAAUCGCCAAAUUUUUCGACCUCGCAGAUGGUCCGAACCCGUCAUCGGAUAUGACAGACCCCUGGUCCUAUGGGCGCGACACGAUAGCGGCAGACUUGUACCGAGAGUCAGGACCGCCACGUACGCACCCUUCUGCUGGGCUCUCCUAUCUCAAGACGGAGGCUUCGACAGCCAACAGCCCUACCACCGGCCUUCGGGCAACCCGUGACCCUGUUGCGGCUCGAUUGCUCAAAUCGAGACAAAUAAUGCAUAACAAACACGUGCCUUACGUGGGCGUCGCUGGAUUUGUCGUCCCGGAACCCGCUGGUGCCACUGCGAUAACUGAGCAGAAUUGGAAAUUUGAGCCUGUCAAAGAUGGACCAAAGCUGGCGGUUACUCCAAUCUCUACCAGUGUCUCACAAGCUGGCAAAGUCGAGAUCAAGACCAAGAGGCUACAAGGCUGGGUUAUAGAGAACGACUUACCAGUUGAUCCUUCGAAGAGGCGGACAACAGCGACUACGCCUGCUCCGGCGAGGAGGAUGUCGUCGCAACUACCGAGUCUCGACAGUAUUGCGUCCAGAAGAACCAGGCCACCCCCCGAACCCGAGCGGGACAUCAACGAAGAAUUGGACCUCUUGAAGUCGAUGUCUAGCCCCAAGUGGUCGAAUCGCAAAUUCAAAUAG